AUGCAUUUCUUUAGUAAGGAGGAAACAGUAGAAAAUGUGAAUUCAACGGACAAAGAAGAUGAACUGGAUAACGAGAUUGGGGUUGCAUUGUUAGGGUGUGUUGAUGAGGAAAAGUGUUCUGAAUUAUGUCCUAAUGAGAAACAAACUGAAGUAAUAAAUUCCUCUAUUUUUGGUACCUCCUCAUCUUUCUGCAAGUUCAUAAAUUGUUUUCUUGGUGUUUUGGAUUUUCCCCUUUACUUGCCAAGAAGGCUGACCAUCCCUGUCGUUAGUGAGGACAAGUGGUCCAAGCCAAUGGCUGUAAUUUCAGCAACAUUGGCACCAAUUCUGGCAGUAGCUGUUUCAAGUGAAGGCAUGGAUUCCCCGACAAGCUUAGCCAUUGGCAUGACAUCAGUUCUAGUAGGGCUUAUUCUAGGGAAUCUUGCAUUUUUGUCCACAAAAGAAUCUCGCCCUCCAAAAGAAUGCUUGUUGAUUUGGCUCCUUGGAGGGUUUCUCAUGAGUAUUACAUGGACAUAUGUUCUUGCACAGGAAUUGGUUUCUUUGCUCGUCUCAUUUGGAUAUAUUAUAGGGAUAAACCCUUCAAUUUUAGGUCUCACUGUCCUAGCUUGGGGUAACUCAACUGGGGAUUUGAUAUCUAACGUUGCCAUGGCACUGAAUGGUGGAAAAGAUGGGCAACAAAUGGCGAUUUCGGCUUGUUACGCCGGCCCAUUAUUCAAUACUUUGAUUGGUUUGGGGGUCUCCCUUGUGUUUGCAUCAUGGUGGGAGUAUCCAGCUUCUUAUGUGCUUCCCAAAGAUCCUUUCCUUUGUGAAACUUUGGGAUUUCUUAUGGUAGGUUUGCUCUGGGCUCUUGUCAUUUUGCCUAAGAGAAACAUGCAACCGGAUGUCUCUCUUGGUGUUGGACUUUUGGCGAUUUACUUCUGCUUCUUGUUCCUAAGGUUUGCAAAAGGUCUUUAG